AUGUUCGACGGCUUGCCCCCUCUGAAAAGAUUCAGGCUCAUGCAGCAGCAAGCCGAACAAUCCAAUAAAAACCCAGAAUCCACAGAAAUUAGCGCGGCCCCUACAUGCCUCCCGGCCAAGAAGCGCAAGGGCCUGCCGGCGCCGCCGCCAAUGUCCGCCCCCAGCACCACCUUAUGCCUGCCGGCCAAGAAAAGGAUAUUAGCCGUCCAUCCCUUCGACCUCAACCUCGAUUACGAGCCCUCUGGUGCCGACAGACAAGAGCCCCCUUUGCCGGAAAUAAAAGAAUCGCCGGAAACCGACACCCAACCAGACGGAGCAGAGAAACCCCACCCGGAAGACCCUAAGGAAGACGGCGAGGAAGAUGGAAUCGUUUGCUCCGUUUGCGGGAGCACGGACGGUGACCCUGUGGACCCCAUUGUCCUCUGUGACGGCUGUGACCUCAUGGCCCACACCACUUGCUACGGCGACCCCUUCACAAACGGGAUCCCAGAUGGAGAUUGGUUUUGCGCCCAAUGCUUGGAGCUGAAAAAAUCGGCCAAAGGUCCAAAGGCAGAGCUUUCUUGCUGCCUAUGUCCGGCAGAUGGUGGGGCCAUGAAGCCGACAACUGAUGGCAGGUGGGCCCACUUGGUCUGUGCUAUUUACGUGCCAGAGGUAUUUUUUGAGGACCCGGUGGGCAGGCGGGGGAUUGAUUGUAGCAAGGUGUUGAAGAAGAGAUGGGAGGGGAAGUGUUAUGUCUGCAAAUCAACGAGUGGGUGUGUGGUCGAUUGUUCGGAGCCUAAGUGCCCGUUUGCCUUUCAUGUGAGCUGUGGUUUGAAGGAGGAGCUGUGGUUUGAGUAUUGGCAAGGGAAGAGCAGAGGGGCUGUUGUUGCUGCUUUUUGCAGGUCUCACACUGACCUAUGGAAGAAGCAAGAGCAAACAGGGAAGUUCAAGAUUGUGGCUAGAGAUGACAAGGAGAAGUGA